AUGCAUGGUCAUGUGAUGAGGUGUGUCCAAUGAUGUUAGUGGUAUAGCUCACCAUGGUGACCCAUCCUCACAUCUCUCUCACUCCUGUAUGAACAUUUAUUUUCAGCAGACUAUACAUCAAUUUUAUUACACUGGAGACCGCGGACUCCGCUCCUGCAGAACACUGUGAGGAUUCCUAUGGAGAUGCCAUGGAGAUGGCACACCGCCUGGCACUGGAGGGGAGGUGCCAGAGGCUGAAGCAGGAGAGCACACAGCUGUAUGAUGCCCUGGAGGCAGCGGACAUGGAGAUGCAGAGAUUGCUGGAGGAAGCGGCAUCAGUGCGAGACCAGAACAACAGCUUGCAGAAAGAGAACGCCCAGCUCAAGGAGCUUCUGAAGGAGGCGGAUGACCUGAAGAUACUUGUGGAGCAGAAUAAGGAGGCGGCAUGCACCGCGGAGCAACAGAAGGUGGCGAUGGAGCGGCGUUGUCAGCAGAUGGAGGAGAGCGCAGAGCAGCUGUCGCACCAGAUCAGCGACUGCGGACAUGAGAACAAGUCACUGCGCGAUGAGGUCACCAGACUGAGGCAGCUGAUCACAGAGCUGGAGACAAAUCUGCACAGCAAAGCCCUGGAGCUGAAAGAGACGGAGGAGACGUCGCUGAAGAAAGACUCAGCCAUGGAGGAGAUGACACUGACAGUGAAUGAAUACUCCACUAUUAUAGAGGUUCUGAAAGGCAGGAUCCGAGCGUUGCAGUCUCAGCAGGAGCUGACCAGCCAGGAGAUCGCACUCAGGAAAUCAAUGGAGCAGACAAUGGCGCUGUCAUCUGAUCCGGCGGCGGGCGGCACUUUGAUGUACGAGAUGGUCCAGGCCAAUCUGGAGAAGCAGCUGCUGCUAGGUCACUGGAAAAAGGAACAACAGAAGAGAAGCAGCAUUAUAAGGUCGCUGUGUAAUAUGCUGCUGCGACUGUUGUGGUGUUACUGCAAGGUCUUUUUCUUCUCUGGCUUCCUGCUCCUCUUCUUCUGCCAUCUGAUGCAAUUCAUCCAAGCGCAGAACCCCGACUUCCUGAGGUGGGUCAUACGCAGAGUCUGCUCUACACAAACCAUGGACAUAAUUCAGGACUUACUACUGAAGCUUUUCCUGCCUUCGCUGACAACCUACUGCGGACCGUGUAUAGUGCCGGUAUGAGUACGCCACAGGAAGGGACUGAUGUGACAAAUCACCUCAGAUAAAUAAACCACUUCCACCGGA